AUGACCUCUAUCAAUGUAAACAUCGAUUCAAUAGAACAGUUGAAUGUUGAACAACAACAAUCGGAUGCAACGAAAAAUUGUACUGAUGUAUUCUCUCAAACACCAACGACAACUGAGGAGAUCGAGAACAAUGAGAGUAUGGUAGAAAUAUCUAAACCAUCAUGGAAUUUGAAAUUCUUCGAUAUUUCAAUUCCGAAUUCAAUUCUUGCCAUUGGAAUGUUUUCAUUAUUCGUAUUUAUCGCAAUGAUAAUUGGCAUUGUGAUUGUUUGUCUUGCUCUACCAAAACGUUCAGCACCAAAAUGCGGACUAAAUUUUGUACGAACAGCUACGAAUCCAAUUGAAUAUAAUUAUGGUCCACAAUAUGUUGCUAUUGGUGAUUUUAAUGAAGAUACUUGGAUAGAUUUUGUUACCGCUAAUCGUGAAUAUUCAACUGGUGUUAAUUCAAAUCCAUUGAUGGUCGAUGUGAAUGAUCUGAAUAAUGAUUUGAAUUUGGAUAUUGCAGUUGCAAAUUAUGGUACUCAUUCGAUUGGUAUUUUCUAUGGAUUUGGUAAUGGAUCUUUUAAAGAUCAAGUCGUACUUUCAACAGGUGUUGCACGACCAUAUUCAAUCAAUCUAAUUGAUUUAAAUAAUGAUACAUUUAUUGAUCUUGUUGUCAUUAAUUAUGGAACAAACAGUUUUAGUAUUUUCUAUGGAAAUGGAAACGCAACAUUUUCAAGUCCAAUUACAUAUUCAACUGGAUAUGAUUCACUUCCAUAUGCAUUGGCGACAGGUGAUUUCAAUAAUGAUCAUCAGAUAGAUAUUGUCAUUGCAAAUUAUGGAACAAAUAAUAUUGGCGUUUUUUUUGCCAAUCAGAAUAAUAAUACUUUACAAAAUCAAUUCACUAUUUCAACGGGCAUUAAUUCUCAACCAACUUCAGUAACUGUAGGAGAUUUUAAUUCGGAUUCAUUUCUUGAUAUUGUUGUUACUAAUUAUGGUACAAAGAAGAUAUGUUUACUUUUAAAUCAAGGUAAUGGAAAUUUCACAGGUCCAAUCUUUUAUUCGAUCAAUUCUUCUUCGCCAUAUUCAAUCGGUGUUGGUGAUUUCAAUGGAGAUAAAAAAUUAGAUUUAUUUAUCGUCAACAUUGGAAUAAAAAAUAUCGGAUUACUUCUCGGAUUAGGAAAUGGAAGUUUUGCAGAAGCAAGAAUGAAUUCAACUGGUUCAUCCUCAUCCAUCUCAUUUGCUUUAUACGAUUAUAACAAAGACAAUCGACUUGAUGCAAUUAUUGUUAACAACGAUACGGGGAGUAUCAAUAUUCUGAAUGGUUAUUUCGAAGGUUUUCCCACUCCUACAAUACUUUAUGUUGGUUAUACUUCAACCUUUGUACUUGUUCAUGAUUUGGACAAUGACGAAAUAUUAGAUAUGAUAACACUCAGUGCAGAUAAUAACAUCAUGAGCAUCUUUCUUGGAACGCAUGAUGGAUCAUUUACACAUAAAAUAUCAUAUCGAACAGGUAGUUAUCCCAAUAGUGCAAAUCUUGCUGAUUUUAACAAUGAUGGUAAAAUAGAUAUAGUUCUUGUGAACUCUUACAGUAAUAACAUGUACAUUCUGUUUGGACGAGGUGAUGGAACGUAUUCAGAUCCAGAAAUAUAUUCAACGGGUGUGUAUCCAGCUUCCAUCGUUGUUGAUGAUUUCAAUAAAGACAAUCGAUUAGAUAUUGCUGUUAGUAUUUAUUAUGAGAAUAGCGUCCGUGUGUGGCUUGGACAUGAUAAUGGUUCUUUUUCAUCAUCAAUAAAUUAUUCGACUGGUUUAAAUCCGCGAUUUAUAGCAAAGGGCGACUUUAAUAGUGACGAUUGUCUCGAUUUAGUUGUUAGUAAUCGUUAUGGCAAAAGUAUUAGUAUAUUUCUUGGUUACGGCAAUGGAAGUUUUGCGGAUCAAUUGAUAUAUCCAGCUAGUUACGCACCAUAUUAUGUAGCAGUCGGAGAUUUUAACAAGGAUACUCGAAUGGAUAUCGCUGUGACCAACUAUGCUAGUCUUAGUGUGAGUGUUUUUCUUGGCUAUGGUAAUGGUUCUUUUGCAAAAUUAGUUCCAUAUGGAGUGAAUAAUUUCCCAUCAUUUAUAGUCGUUGAGGAUAUUAACAAUGAUAUGCAUUUGGAUCUUGUCAUCGCUUGUUUUGGUGUGUUGAAUAUAUAUAUCUUAUUUGGAAAUGGAGACGGUUCAUUUAGCCAUGCAAAGUUGUAUUACACAGGCAUGAAAUCAUCUUCAGUAGUUGUCGGAGAUUUCAAUUUUGACUCACGAUUGGAUAUAAUCGUAACAAAUGAUAGUAAUGCCUAUGUAGGAAUAUUAUUACAAUACAAUCGGGGUGUUCUUGUCAACGAAUUAACUUAUGCAUCGGGUGGAAGUUCGAAAUUACGAUCGAUGGUUAUUGGUGAUACAAAUAAUGAUACUCAAAUAGACAUUAUUGUGGCUAAUUAUGGUACUGAUGAUGUGAGUAUUCUAUUUGGAUAUGAUGAUGUUACUUUUCCGAAUUAUCUCACGAUCAAUAUGAAUUCAAAUUCCCAUCCAUCAUCAGUCAGUCUUGGCGAUUUUAAUGGUGAUAGUUAUCCAGAUGUUGUUGUAACUCUUGCUGGUUUUAAUGAAAUAGGUAUGUUACUUGGAGAUGGACAAGGAUCAUUCACUAAACAAGCAAUUUACCAAAUUCCAUCUGAAUCUUCUCCGUUCGUUGUUUCUACAGGUGAUUUCGAUAAGGAUGGAGUAUCGGAAAUUGUUGUUGGAUAUGAUAAUGAUGACACUAUCGAUGUAUUUAAUGCAUAUGAUACAGGAUCUUUUGAAGAUUUCAAAAAAUAUCCGGUUGGUUUGACUCCGGCAUUUGUUAUCGUAGCGUAUAUUAAUAACGAUAGUUAUAUUGAUACUGUUGUUGCUAAUGUAGAUACUGAUGAUCUAAGUAUUUUUCUUGGAUAUGGUAAUGGUAGUUUUGCAGAUGUCAUCACGUAUGUCAUUGAUUCUCGUCCGAUUUCCGUAGCAGCUGGUGAUUUUAAUCUCGAUAAUCGAUCAGAUUUGAUUGUUAGCUAUCUUCAAAGUGCUAGAAUUGAUCUUCUAAUAGGCUAUGGAAAUGGUAGUUUCGCGAAACCAAUACCGUAUUCUAUAAACUCGCUCUCAUAUUGUGUAGCGGUAGGUGAUUUCAAUAAAGAUAAUUAUUUAGAUGUGGCUGCUGUCGGUCAUUACAGUUAUACUUUAGAAGUGUUCUUAGGAGAUGGUAAUGGUUCCUUGUCAAUAAAACUGAUAUUUGGAACUGGUUCUUUGCCAAAGUAUAUUGUGACAUCUGAUUUUAAUAAUGAUACGCAUUUGGAUGUUGUUGUGGCCAAUUCGGGUUCGAAUAGUGUGGGUAUUUUCCUUGGUUAUGGAAAUGGUUCUUUUGCGGAACAAGUUACAUAUUCAGUUGAUGCGAAUCCAAGAGCAUUGGCCUUUGCCGAUUUAAAUAAUGAUGGCCGGUUGGACAUUGUUGUCACUAAUUUGGAUGCUUCGACAUUAAAUGUUCUCACUGGAUUUGGUAAUGGCUCUUUUACAAAUCAAAAUACAUUUCCCACCGGUAGUCUUCCACAAGCUGUUACUAUUUCUGACCUCAAUAACGAUAACUAUCACGUAAGUAAAGUUGGCACGAUAUUCGAGUUAUUUUUGCUAAUAUUCAUUUGAGUACCUGUGCUGGUGUUUUAAAUGGUUGUGUUGGAUACAGAAUUAAAUUCUCUAUCGAAUGGUGUGGUUUUCGAUACGGGUCACCGACCAAAAACUGAAGUUUUUGACGAAACAAUGGGUUUUCUGGUCUUUCAAAAAUUUGUAAU